AUGACCAGUGAUGUACAUAUGAUAAAUACUUAUGCUUCUCAUUCUAUGCAGCAAGAAUCUGUCACACCUGAAGAUGUGGGUCGCAAAAAUCACACCCCAGUGACCUAUUUCAUUAUUAAGGGGAUAUCAGAGGUUCCAGAACUGCAGACUUUGGUCUUUCUUCUGGUUCUCUUCAUCUACCUCAUCACAGUGAGCGGCAACAUGACCCUUCUCCUGCUCGUCUGUGUGGACAGCCAUUUGCACACCCCCAUGUACUUUUUCUUGGGUAACUUAUCUUUUCUGGACGUAUUUUGUUUGACCAUUACUCUACAUAAGAUCCUUCUAACUUUCAUAUCAGGAGAUAAGACUGUUUCAUUUUUCAACUGUAUGUCACAGAUGUAUCUGUUUUCAUCGUUAACGUGCAACGAGCUGCUGCUACUAACAGCCAUGAGCUACGACCGUUACAUGGCCGUAUGUAACCCUUUACAUUACCACAUGGUUAUGAGCCCCAGAAUUUGCACCCUUUUGGCAGCUGCGUGUUGGCUGAUGGGAUUUAUGGAAGUCAUACCACACAUGUGGGCAAUAUCUCGCUUCUCUUGUUAUAAGUCCAACGAAAUUAAUCACUAUUUCUGUGACAUUUUGCCCAUAAUGAAGUUGUCUUGUAGCGACACCGCCAUUUUGAAACUUGUGAUUUUUCUCGAAGGUCUGCUUUUGGUAAGCUUUACCCCCUUUCUUCUGACUCUUAUCUCCUACGUCUUCAUUAUCGCCACCAUACUGAGGAUCCGCACCAGCAUCGGGAGACGUAAAGCCUUCUACACGUGUUCCUCGCACCUCACGGUCGUUAUAAUUCUCUAUAUGAGUCUUUGCUCCCAGUAUCUGAGGCCAAGUUCAACGGACACUUUGGAUUCCAAUAAAGUAUUUUCCUUGUUUAACACCGCGGCGGUGCCCGUCUUAAAUCCAUUUAUCUAUAGCCUAAAAAAUAAAGAUGUUAAGGCCUCUGUGAGGCGACAGCUUACAUGGAUACGGUGA